AUGGCGCCAGUACUGAUUUCAGCCUUAGAAGCAGAUUACAUACUCAAAGGUAUCGAUGAUAACCUUCGUGCUGACGGGAGAGGACGUCUUGAUUACCGAGAAGUGAUAUUAGAGACUGGCCUUAUCACCCAGGCAAAUGGCAGUGCUAGGUGUAGGUUAGGAGAAGGAACUGACGUACUUGUUGGUGUGAGAGUUGACAUCGGUAAUGUGGAAGUCGAUGGAACUGAAGAAGAGGUAGCAAAUAUAAAGGCAAAGAGGGGAAGAGUAGUAUGUAAUGUAGAUUCUCCGAUUGCAUCACAACAAUUUGCAGGAAGGGGCGCCGAUGAUAUAAAUAAUGAGCUUACGCAGAUGAUGUCUCGUGUUUUAAAUGGUCCACAGGCUGGCUUAAAUCUCGAAAAAUUAUGUAUUAUUCCAGGAAAAGCUUGUUGGAUUGUCUACAUUGACGCUUUGGUACUAGAUUACGCCGGUAAUAUAGUGGAUACGAUGUUUAUGACCACACGAGCCGCUCUCUUUAACACUCAGGUUCCUAAAGCAAUUAUAAAUGAUCUCGGUGAUGGUGAAGUAGAAUUCGAUUUAUCGGAUGACGUAGAAGAAUGGGAAAGGAUCGAAGUGAUAAUCAAUUAUUCUUUGUCUUAUACGAAGAUUGGUUCUCGACAUAUUGUUGAUGCAACACCAUUAGAAGAACUCACCACCGAAGCGAAAUUGCACGUAAUGGUUAAUAGGAAUGGUAAAAUUUGCGGCAUGCAAAAAAGCGGGAGUGGAAGCAUUGAACAUAGCUUAUUGGGUGAAAUGAUUCAGGAAGCUAAAAAGUCCCGCCGUAUAAUCUUCAAGCGCGCUGAAAAGUACGUUAAGGAAUAUCGUGCAGCUGAACGCCAAGAAAUCCGCUUGCGUCGUCAAGCUAAAGCAUGUGGCAAUUUUUAUGUUCCUGCUCAACCAAAAUUGGCUUUUGUUAUUCGUAUCAAGGGGUCUGUCCGUGAACUUAUUUACAAACGUGGUUAUGCGAAAGUAAACAAGCAACGUAUCCCUAUAACCGACAAUGCUAUCAUUGAACAAAAUUUGGGGAAAUUUGGUAUUAUCUGCAUCGAAGAUUUGGUUCAUGAGAUUUACACUGUUGGUCCAAAUGUGA